CGUUUUUAUCAUCAGAGUUGCAUCAGUAAAUACCGUACGUGGACAGUAAGCGGACGGAUAUAUUUUCUUAUUAUUUUUUAGUGAACCAAUUAGAAAAUUACAAAAAGAAAGAGAUUUUUUUUAAUUUCCUUGAAAAUUUAACAAUAACUCAACCAACUAUCGCUUAAGUAAAUUACAAACCACCAAUUGAAAAAAGCACAAAUUUUUCGUAAAUUAUUAGAAAAGUAAAAAAAAGUAAGUGUGUGUGUGUCAGAACCCAAGAAAAGCAUAAAAAGUGACGGAAUUUUUCCAAAAAUAAAUUUUCAUAGUUUGCCUGCGUGAAUCAUUAAAAAAAGUAAGAAUUUGUGGGGCGGUGGAAUCUACAAUCAAAAAAGUGAUAAAUAUUAGAAAAUUUCAAAAUAAAACUACAAAUAUAAAAAAGCAAAAUGUUUAGUUUCCUGAAGCGUGAAAAGACCAACCAAGAAGUGGUUGAAAAUGUUAUUGGAGAGUUGAAGAAAAUCUACAAAAGCAAACUGUUGCCUUUGGAAGAACACUAUCAAUUCCAUGACUUUCACUCGCCCAAAUUGGAAGAUCCCGAUUUUGAUGCUAAACCCAUGAUUUUGUUGGUCGGUCAAUACUCUACCGGUAAGACAACAUUUAUUCGUUACUUAUUAGAACGUGAUUUCCCUGGUAUUCGUAUUGGCCCUGAACCUACUACUGAUCGUUUUAUUGCUGUUAUGCAUGACGACAAGGAAGGCGUAAUUCCUGGUAAUGCUUUGGUCGUUGAUCCCAAGAAACAAUUCCGUCCCUUGAGCAAAUACGGCAACGCUUUCCUUAAUCGUUUCCAAUGUUCCUCUGUUAACUCUCCCGUGUUACAGGCUAUAUCAAUUGUAGAUACUCCCGGUAUUUUGUCGGGAGAGAAGCAACGCAUCGAUCGUGGUUAUGACUUCACAGGUGUUUUAGAAUGGUUUGCCGAACGUGUUGAUCGUAUUAUUCUCUUGUUCGAUGCCCACAAAUUGGACAUUUCCGAUGAAUUCCGCCGCUCAAUUGAAGCUCUUAAAGGUCAUGAUGACAAGAUUCGUAUUAUUUUAAAUAAGGCUGAUAUGAUAGAUCACCAACAAUUGAUGCGUGUAUAUGGUGCUCUUAUGUGGUCAUUGGGCAAGGUAUUGCAGACUCCUGAAGUAGCCCGCGUAUAUAUUGGUUCGUUCUGGGAUCAACCUUUGCGUUUCGAUGCCAAUCGUAGACUAUUUGAAGAUGAAGAGCAGGAUCUCUUCCGCGAUUUACAAUCACUGCCACGUAAUGCCGCUCUCCGCAAGCUUAAUGAUCUUAUCAAACGUGCUCGCCUCGCCAAGGUACACGCUUUUAUAAUUUCCGAGCUACGUAAGGAUAUGCCUUCAGUAUUCGGCAAAGAUAGUAAGAAGAAAGAUUUAAUUAAGAAUUUGGGACAAAUUUACGAUCGCAUUCAACGUGAGCAUUCAAUUUCUCCCGGUGAUUUCCCCGACAUCAAGAAAAUGCAAGAUGUUUUACAACAUCAAGACUUUACAAAAUUCCAUUCGUUGAAACCACACUUAUUGGAUAUUGUUGACAAUAUGUUGGCCAAGGAUAUUGCCAGACUAAUGGAAAUGAUUCCUCAAGAGGAGAUGACUUUGGUAUCUGAACCUAUGGUUAAAGGUGGUGCUUUCGAAGGUGUCAUUGAUGACAACGUUUCACCAUUCGGUUAUAUGAAAGGUGAGGGUAUUGAUGCUGGUUUCGGAGAACAUGAUUGGAUCUGCAGCAGGGAUAAAGAACGCACAGAUGUUAUAUUUAACAAACUAUCCCCCGUUGAUGGCAAAAUUUCGGGUCAAGCCGCUAAACAAGAACUUAUCAAAUCAAAAUUACCCAAUUCCGUGCUUAGUAAAAUUUGGAAACUUUCUGAUGUCGAUGGUGAUGGUUUCUUAGAUUCAGAUGAGUUUGCUUUAGCUCUACAUUUAAUCAAUGUUAAAUUGGAGGGCAACGAAUUGCCCAAUGUUUUGCCCGAACAUUUAGUGCCACCAUCGAAACGUUGCUAAUGCUUAAAACUAUACAAAAAAAAGCAAAAAGUGAAUAAAAAAAAUAAUCUGGUGUUUAGAAUUAUAAACCACGCUAUGUUUUCACAUUACUUCGUUUAUUUAAUUUAAUAUAUUAGUUUCUUUCUUCCUUUCUUGAAUUUGAGAAAAAAGUCAGAAUCUAUUAUAUAUUCUUCAUUGCUAAAUCAAUGCCUUUAUUUGUUGUUAUAAUAUUGAAAAAAGUUUUAUUUCUUAUUUUAUUUUGAAAUUUGUUUAUGUAAUUGUGUACAUAACAUUAGUUACAGGCUGAGUUUAAGAAUUUUGCAAAGAAUAAUUUACAUUUUAUUUUUCGAAAAAUUUAUAACAUUUUGGAAUAGAAAGCUAUCAUACAAAGAGUGUUUAAAAAACGAAAUUUAUUCUAAAUUAAAUAAUAUAACUUUUUGUAUAAAAAAGUAUACAUAUAAAUAAAAGAAUGUAACCUACUAUUAUCGUACGAGUCUGUAAAAACGUAUUUAUUUCUUAUUAAAAUUUUGCAUAUUAUUAAUAAAUAUACACACAAAUCCUAACUAAUAUUAUGAAUGAUAUAAAUAAUAAUAAAUUAAUUUACAAUUUAUUUAAGUAAUAUAUAAACACAUAUUUAAACAUUUUAUAUCUGUAUGUAUUUAAAGAAAUCGGUGUUUAUUUAAAGCCUUUUUUAAUGCAAUAGCUUAUUUAUUAUCGUUAUUAUAUCAUCACAUUAAGUAAAAGAUAAACUUGUGCAA